AUGGCAACCCCGCCUUCUUCGCGAGGUUCCUCUCUCGACUGCACCUUUCUACCAGCUACGCUCGAUCCGAAGCCUAUUUUCAACCGAUCAACAACCUCCAUGAGCGUACCGAGGUCAGAGUACCUGCGCCAUGCGCUUCAGGCCCGGCGAGCUCAGAACACCCCGGUCCAGAGCACGCCCGCACCGAUCGAUACUCUUCCUCCGCGUCCUGCAGCAUCAACACCCCUGGCCCUGCAAACCCCGGCUACAUCGCCUGACGCGUUUGAUGAGUAUGACCUCCCCGAAGAGCUUAUGACUCCAGAAUCCCCCAUUCACAGGCGGCGGCCAAAUGAGAAAGACAAUACACCUCCGCGCGGCAAGACAAACUUGGAGCUGAGCGCUGAGGUUGAAAAGCUGAAGGAUGAGUUGAUCAAGCAGAACAUUCGGGUGGAAUUGCUAAAGAAAAACAAUCACGAGCUACAGAACAAGUGGGUGCAGGCUAAAGAAGAAACAGAGCUGCUUAGCGUCUUGCGAGAGGAGAAUCGUGAGUUGGCAGAGGAAAACAAACUGCUGGCAGAGAAGCUGGAGGGUCUCAAAGAAUAUGAAGACCAACUCGACGAUCUGAGUAGCGAAGUUGACACGCUGUGGUAUGAAAGGAAAGAAGUGGAACAGGCAAACGCAACACUGAGGGAGGAAGUGUUGAAUCUCGCCAGAGUCAACAACGAAGCUGUAGCGAAUAUGCAAGAUCAACAGGGCGCUUUCGAAGAAGCUGUGGAGAUGAUUACCAACUUGGAAAGCGAAAAACUGCAUCUUAAAGAGGAAGUUAGCAAUCUGAAGAAGAGGGUUAUUGCGAUAGAGUCGAGGCAGCUCGACGGUAGCGCCAAGUACCCUCAGCGCGUUUGCAGCAUCGAUGAAGGCCGUCCCACGACCAGCUACGACGAUUCGGAUUAUUACAGCCAGCCGGCCACACCGCGUGCCGAUGUUGACAGAGACGCUCUGUCCGUCCGGUCAGGAACGUCAGUUCAGUCGAAGAGGUUCAUUGAGAUGAGCAAAGAACGCACACGAUCAGCGCGCAAUCUGUCGAAGAGAAUGUCAGACGCUUCUCUGAGAGCCACCAGCGUGAUGUCCACUGUGCAGCUCCCUGAAGUGCCGUACCUACCUCAAGAGUUUGCGCGAGUGACUCCCCAAUUGGUCGAUGAGCGUUUCAGGGAGCGGAGGUAUCGUCAAGGGCCAGGCGUCGAGCAACAUGUUGCUAGAUCCGGUGCAGACCUCCGCCGGCCUGCUACCGUCGCUCCCGUACAGAUACACCAGCCUUCUGGACUUCGGAGUUUAUAUCGCCCUGAUCCGUUGCAACGCUCAAACACUUCACGACCCUCAUCGAGCCACACUCCCACAGCAAGCAGCAGUCCGGAGCCUAGAAGCCGUACGCAGUCUCUUGUCGAUCCUUUUCCAGCACCGCCUCCACGCAUGAGCAGCCGUCACGCACACACUACCAGUGACGAUUAUCUGCGUCUCCAAGCAUCCGGCAGCAUGCUAGGAGCCGCCACCAUGACCGGUAUUGUCAUGGAAUCAGGAGCGCAAGAUGAAGAACAAGAGCAAGUACUAACCACGUGGACUUCAAUACACCCUCGUUCUUCGACGAAAUCCUUACUAACAGCAUCACCCUUACUAGAUGGCCCAGACAGAGAACGAUGGUGGAAAGACACAGAAAAGGUGAGGCCGCUGAGGACAAGGGCGACGACGAGGACGCUCAAAGGGGAUUUCUCCUUGGACGAAGGAGGUUCGGCAUCAAGAACCUUCGCCGCUAGAGCAGAGGGAAUCAGGACGAAUCCUGCGACGCCCGCUGGCGAGAAGCCAGGGAUGGACUUCCUUUUCAAUCCAAAUGAGAACGAAGAGCAGUUCAUGAAGAAGACCAUGACAAAGGUCAAGGGGAGUAUACGGAGACGGAACGGAAACGAGUGA